GCUCGUUUCUUUUGCUUGCAGCACGGCGCCCAGUGCCCCGCCGCGUUUGGCAAUUUUACUUCUGGGCAGCCUCUUAUCUCAAAUCGCGGUUGUCCGAGGAGCCACCGUGCGCGGUGCCGCGUUGCGUUGUCUAGGGGCGUCGGGGCAGCAUGUCGAGUAUUCUCGACGGCGCAGAGGGCCAUGUCGAGCCGCCGCCGCAGGUGUUCCCUCGCGUGCGCAGGCCGUGCAAAUGGUGCUUGCGGUACAACGACACGCCGAACCCGAUCUUGAGCAAGCGCGCCUCGCACCCGCACUUGACUUGGCGCCGGGAGAAGGGUUGUGAGUGUAGCAAUUGCCCGUGGGUUCUCGCAGCGUACGAAGAGUACGAAGAAGAUAAACCGACCUCCUCGCAAAGUUCAACGUCGAUGGUGGCAAGUCCCUGAGGCCGCUCUUCAUAGAGCGGCUCGAGAAGUGGGAGGCGGAGAAAAACACCAACCCCACUGGCAAGACCAAGAGUGGGAAUAAGAAACCUGCUGGGGCCCCUCGCAAAGUCACGGCGAGAUGCACGGCGGGCAGGGAAACCAAGGAAUUCUUGGGUUAUUUUUGGAGGGAGAAGUUGUGGAAGGAGCAUCACCCAGGAAAGAAACUCACGAAAAAGGAUAUCACGUGGAUCAACCACAAUGGGAAGCGAGAGAAAGGCAUCAUUCUGGACGAGAGCCACGGUAAACCCAUCGGAGUCAUUGAGGUCAAUGACAUUAGCCAGAUCGCUGUGGACAAGACUGGCCAGCUAGCAGCCAGCGACAGCGAUUUGGACGACGACGUCGACGCUGCGUUCGAGCACGCUUCGAAGAGGAUGCGUUUUUCGGCCUCCAAGAGCGAGAACUCCGACGUCGGCGCCUAUAAGCUCAAGGGGGAGUCCGCAUCCCGAAAGGAUGGCGCACCAGGGGACGACGACCUGAUGGACUUGAUCUGGGGGGGGUCGGAGACCUUCGCGGGGCAGGAUGACGAGGGCGGCCGAGGCCAAGGCAGCGGCAGCCGAGGCAGCGGCGGCCGAGGUCAGGGCCCUCGCCCUAGCCCCAGCAAAGCAAUUGGCAAGGCGACAACAUCCAAGGCCCCAUCGAAGACCACGGAUGCCAAGAUCAUGAAAGAGUUUGAGGCGUCGGAGAAGGCCGUUCUGAGCGCAGACCACAUGCUGAGGAAGCUGGAGGACAGCCAACGCAUCGGCGGGAUCACUGUCGACGCUUUCGUGCGCGAGGUUGCAAAGUUGGACCAGCGUCUUACGCCGGAGCUGACUAUCCUGUACAGCAAGGACUACAAUGGCACGGAUGGCACUCCAGGAAUGACAGUGUAUGAAGAUCUCCAGAAAGCUCGCGACAAAUUGAGGUCGUGCGAUGGCGUCGUGGUUUGUCUCAACGCCAAAGAUGGCGAGAGGACGUCAGCUGAGUCCCUUCUGGCGGAGCACAACAUUGCCAAGGGCGCAGGCGUCCAGAUAGCCAGCUUCGUGUUGGAGACCGUGGUGAUUCGCGGCUUUAGCGAAGCGAGGCGUGAGAAGAAUUGGGGCGCGUGUCAGGCGAUCCUCUCCUCCAGGUCCCCGUCCAGUGAGAACCCCAUUAAGCACGAGUUCGGCUUCCACCUUUUCGAGAAGGAGGCUGACGUGCAGGUUUUGCAGAGCCAUCUCCUCCUGGUAACCAUCAUCGAGAUGCUGAAGGGUGGCCAGGGCGCCCCGCCAGGCCAUUCCGAGAGCGAGGCGUUGAAACAGGUUCGCGCAGCAGCAGGUGACCUUCACACAUUCUUGCACCAGGUUGCCUUGCCGCCCGACGUCCGCAUCCUGGAUUCGACGAUGAGGGACCACGUGGAGCGCCUCGGUUUACUCACGUCGGCGGCCGUCGGCACAGUUCCCGAGGACACGUUGAAGGUGGAGCGCGCUCUGCAGGAGCUGCGGAGCGCGAAGGAAGGCCCAUUCUACAAGGCUUUGUUCAUGUUUGAGACAGGGAAGCACAUCGUCAAGGUUGUCACGGAUCUGCUGGCGAGAUGGGCUGCCGACAAACGGUUCACCAAGGAGGUGGCGGACCUCAAGCUGAUGUGCCAACGUUUGCCGCAGGCGUCGGCGAACAUCGAGAAGGUUGCCGAGACUGGGGCAAUGCAGUGCCGCGCCGCCAGCCAAAGCUCGUGGACCGACGCCCGCAAGAAGCUAGUCACCAUCGAAGCCAACUGCACCGACGCGUUCAAGAAGCAACACGCAGCGGCCUUGGAGGAGUGCAAGGCCACCCUGGGCAGCAUGGAGACAUGCGUCGCCAGCGCUUGCCGGGCGCAUUUCGCCGCCGCCUGCUCGAGCAUCUUGCCCGAACUGACGGCUGCAAUCGGCAGCGGGUUGCCGAUCGAGGGGGCGGCCGACAAGCUCAAGACUUUGGACGACGCGAUCGUCGGCAUCUCUCAGACGCCGUUGGUGACCGUCGCUUCGGAGAGCUCCAAGAAUGCGUACAAGGAUGACUCAGCCAAGAUGUCCGCGUUCGUAGUGUCCCUGCGGAUUCUCGCGCCAUUGCUGCACUGCGUCACGGUCAACAACUUGAGCGCUGCAGACGCGUGCUUGCAAGCGGCUUCGUCAGUGAAGGUUGUGUUCCAAGACUGCUCGAUGCUUGAUGCGUUUCAAAUUGCCUUGGAAUCCAAGUGCGUUGCCGAGAAGAAACGUUACUUGUCUAAUUUGGUGGUCUCUUCCCACAAGUUCAUUCUCGCCCUUGCGCCAACCAUGCCUGGGUUGCAAGCCGCCGAGCUGCCCAAGGUGACGGGUGACGUCGUCGGCACCAUCUUCAACAGGGACUUGAUCGGCACGUGUGAUGCGAGCGAUUCCGCCGAGGCUACAGCUUUGGAGGCUGGGUGCAAAGACUUGUGCACCAACUUGGCCGCGAGGUUGGAUAAGAAGUCUGCUGUCCUGGAGGUGGAAAGCACAAGCGUGCCCCUCAAUGUUGUGUGCCUAAGCGCCACCCUGUUACCCGUUGGCCAAUUCACGCUAGACGUCGUUAGCAGCAACCGCCUUUUGGAUGCCACGGCAGCCCGGCGCCUCUUGACUAAGCUGAAGCAUCUCAUCGUGGCCAGCAAAGAGUUCGACUUGGCGCAAGCGACCAUGCCAUUCGGAGAGUACGCCAUUGACAAGUGCGCCGGCUGGAUGAAUAAGGCCCUGCGUGAAACCAGCACCACGUACACGAGGCUGGCGACCACCUGCCAGAAGUUGACAAACGAUCCGAAACUUAAAAUCUUGGGGGACGCCAUCGACAGUGACGAGUUCCCCAACAAUGACGCCAAGUUCGUUGACAUCCCUAACACCAAGGAGGCGGUAGAAUUUUUCACUUUCUGGAAAGAGGUCGUGGCCCUUGAUUCCGCGGAGAAAGAAUGGAUGCCGCAGUUUGAGGCGCUGCUCCCUUUAUGCAAGUCGCUGCCAGACUUCAACGGCCUCGCGAAGCUCACUAAAGCCAUCUCCGAUCUCGUGGCCGUGCCUCGUCAGCUUUGCUCUAAGGAUACGGGGGUGCUGGAGAAGGGGGGGCUGAUCGUGGGCACGCUGAUCGGCGUGCAGGCUGGUUGGCGAAAGCUGGCCCCGGGCGAGACGAGGUCGACACUCGUUUCCAAGGCGUUGAAGGGCAUCCCUAACAGGCCAUAUAUGAGUGUGAACAAAAAACUGGCGAUCCAUUUGCAGGGCAUGUCGUGAGUUUGCUCGGGGCGGGGGGCGGCGUGGCUGCGCCAAGGAGCCCAGCGUGCAUGCCGCGGGGGUCACGCGCGCGCGUUGGCGCCACGUUCGCAUCGGGGUUUGGCAUCGGCUCCUGGGCGCGGUGGCACUUGCGAUCACCAGCGGUUGCACGGGGCAAGACACAACCGUUUCAAAAUGAUGCUGUCGCACGCGUGGUUGCCAAGCCAAGCUGUUUGCCAUUGGGUUUCGUCGGACUCGGCUGAAGCAUGUAGUCCAGAAGUUGACCUGUGCUCGUUUAACACGUUAGCGUUCAUUUGAUUUUGCGCGGUGCUAGAGACUGGGCUCGACUCGACUGGCCGGCGAGUCGGAGCGCGGUUCAACCGAGGAGGAAAAUGCA